AUGAAAGCCUUCUCCGUCUUCUCGCCCUCGUUGCGCCGGCUCGCCACUCGACAACCAUGGACCUGCUCCAGCUGUCGAGCCGGCCCUUUGGCACAGCCUAGCAGCAGGGCGACGCAGCAGAGAUUCACCAACAGCAGCCCCCGAGGCUUCUCGUCGACGUCGUCCAGGGCCUCGGCCGGUAGAACACCACCUAGAGGUGGUCGGAAGGUUGGUCGUGUGUUGCUUCUUGCCUCCGGUGGUGGAGCGGCGGCGGCAGGAGUGCUCGCCUUUACGGACGAUGUGAAGCAUGGUUAUGGUGCGGCGGAGCGUGCUGGUCGGGUUGCUGCUGCUCUUGCGGUCUGCAUCAAUGACUACCGCACGACCCUGAAUCAACAGGAGAAGAUCGAAGACCCCGAGGUUCAGUCGAGGAUACUCAAGGAUUGCCACCAGCGAUGCGCCGAUCGUACACUCAAGGUUCUGGAGAAGAACGGUGGUAUCUUCAUCAAGCUGGGCCAGCACCUGAGUGCGAUGAACUAUCUUCUCCCCUCUGAAUGGACGAAUACCUUCAUCCCACUACAGGACAAGUGCCCCGUGUCCUCAUUCGAGUCUAUCGAGGAAAUGUUUCGAGCGGAUACUGGCAAGGAGUUGUGGGACUACUUCUCCGAAUUCUCAACCGAACCUAUUGGCGCCGCCUCCCUAGCUCAAGUGCACAUCGCAACUGUCAAGGAAACGGGCAUGAAGGUCGCCGUCAAAGUACAACACCCAAGUCUUGGCCAAUGGGCUCCUCUAGAUCUGGCUUUGACACGAUUCACGUUCUCUACCCUGAAGCGCUUCUUCCCCGAAUACGACCUCGAAUGGCUGUCUUCCGAGAUGGAUGUGUCUCUGCCUAAGGAACUGGAUUUCAGGGAGGAGGCUUACAACGCCAACCGCACAAAGGAACACUUCGCCAAGCUUCCGGAACAUCCUCUGGUGGUUCCCGAGGUUCUCUGGGCUAAGCAGCGCAUCCUGGUCAUGGAACAAGAGUCCGGUGCUCGCCUGGAUGAUCUCGAUUACCUCGACGCCAACGGCAUCGACCGAGACGAGGUCUCUGCUUGUCUGGCGCGCAUCUUCAACGAAAUGAUCUUUGGUCACGACGCACCCCUCCACUGCGACCCCCACGGCGGUAACCUCGCGAUCCGGAAGAACGAAUCCCGCCGCGGCCUGCGCGGUGGUCACAACUUCGACAUCAUCCUCUACGACCACGGCCUGUACCGCGACAUCCCCCGAGACCUCCAACGUUCCUACGCUAAGAUGUGGCUCGCCGUCAUCGACGGCGACAUGAAGCGCAUGCGCAAGUACGCCAAGGAGGUCGCCAACAUCAACGACGACCAAUUCCCCCUCUUCGCCUCGGCCAUCACCGGCCGCGACUGGAGCGUCCUGAACAGCGAGGGCUCCGUCCUGCAGACGCGCACUGACGACGAGAAGAAGGAGAUGGGCGACGCUCUCCAGGAGGGCCUGCUCGCCGACCUCGUCCAGCUGCUCGGCCAGGUGCCCCGCAUCAUCCUGCUCAUCCUCAAGACUAACGACCUCACCCGCAGUCUCGACGAGAACCUGCACACCCGCCAAGGCCCCAUACUCUCCUUCAUGAUCCUCGCUCGCUAUUGCACGCGCACGGUGUUCGAAGAGCAGUUGGAAGAUCUGAGGCAGCGCGGCUCGCUGCUGUGGCCGCCCAACGCUUUCCGCCUGGUUUCGGCCUGGAUCGGGUUUCUGAGGGUUGAGUUUAAGCUCGGCGCUUUUGAGCUGUGGCUUAGCAUGAAGAGGGUUUUUGGACUCAAGAGCGCGGGAUUUUCGGCUCCUGGCAUGUGA